GAUUACAUUCUUCAAAAAAAGAAGCAAUAGUUAACCUUACAUUAAUAGGGUCAAAACUUUAAUUCGUUCGGCGUGUAUGUAAAUAAAUAUUUUAAAUAUGCCGGAAAUUAGAGUUACACCUCUCGGUGCAGGUCAAGAUGUCGGAAGAAGUUGUCUCCUCUUAUCAAUGGGUGGUAAAAAUAUAAUGUUAGAUUGUGGAAUGCAUAUGGGGUACAAUGACGAGCGAAGAUUUCCAGACUUCAGUUACGUUUGUGAUGGUCCGAUUUCUGCAUUUAUAGAUUGUGUUAUAAUUUCUCAUUUUCAUUUAGAUCAUUGUGGAGCUUUACCUUACAUGUCUGAAAUGAUAGGAUAUACAGGACCGAUUUAUAUGACCCAUCCAACGAAAGCAAUAGCACCAAUUCUAUUAGAAGAUAUGAGGAAAGUAUCCGUAGAGAAAAAAGGCGAACAAAAUUUUUUCACGUCCCAAAUGAUUAAGGAUUGCAUGAAAAAAGUAAUAGCAGUUACUUUACAUCAAUCUGUUAUGGUAGAUAGUGAUAUAGAAAUCAAAGCAUAUUAUGCUGGUCAUGUCCUAGGAGCAGCUAUGUUUUGGAUUAAAGUAGGAAAUCAAUCUGUAGUAUAUACAGGAGAUUAUAAUAUGACCCCAGAUAGACAUUUAGGUGCUGCUUGGAUAGAUAAAUGUAGACCUGAUUUAUUAAUUUCUGAAUCAACAUAUGCUACUACAAUCAGAGAUUCAAAACGUUGUCGUGAGAAAGACUUUUUAAAAAAAGUACAUGAAUGUGUAGAUAGAGGAGGGAAAGUACUUAUACCAGUAUUUGCUCUUGGGAGGGCUCAAGAACUCUGUAUACUACUGGAGACUUAUUGGGAAAGAAUGAAUUUAAAAGCCCCUAUUUAUUUUGCUCUAGGUUUGACAGAAAAGGCUAAUAAUUAUUAUAAGAUGUUCAUUACCUGGACUAACCAAAAAAUUAGAAAAACCUUUGUGCAAAGGAAUAUGUUUGAUUUUAAACACAUUAAAGCUUUUGAUAAACAAUUUAUCGAUAAUCCUGGCCCUAUGGUAGUGUUUGCUACCCCUGGAAUGCUUCAUGCUGGAUUGAGUUUACAAAUUUUCAAGAAAUGGGCUCCAAAUGAGAAUAACAUGAUAAUAAUGCCAGGUUUUUGUGUGCAAGGAACUGUUGGUCAUAAGAUUCUGAAUGGUGCUAAAAAAGUCGAGUUUGAAAAUAGAUUAAUUGUAGAAGUAAAAAUGUCUGUGGAAUAUAUGAGUUUUUCUGCUCAUGCAGAUGCCAAAGGUAUAAUGCAACUUAUACAACAUUGCGAACCAAAGAAUGUUAUGUUGGUACAUGGAGAAGCUGCAAAAAUCGAAUUCCUUAAAGAAAAAAUACAACAGGAAUUUUGUAUAAAGUGUUUUAAUCCAGCAAAUGGAGAAACUUCUGUGAUAUCAACUUCUGCUAAAAUACCUAUAGAUGUGUCAUUACCUUUACUAAAAGCUGAAGCAAAAAAGUUCAGCAGUAUGGCUCCUGAUCCAAAGAGAAAACGUACUUUGCAUGGAGUCCUUGUAAUGAAAGAUAAUGGAAUGUGCCUGAUGGAUGUUGAUGAAGCAUGUAAAGAAGCCGGAAUUAACAGACACGUUGUCAGAUUUACAUCAACUGUAAACAUUAUUGAUUCAGGACCAGCAUUAGGAACUGCUCAUAAAUUAUUGUUAUUUAUACAAGAUAAAUUGCCAAUUUGUUCAAUAGUGUUUUCAGAAGGGGAGAUUUCCGUUGAAUCGGUGUUAGUUAAAGUUGAAGGUGAUGAUGAUGAUGAUCAAAAAAGUGUAUAUGUGUCAUGGACUAAUCAAGAUGAAGAAAUAGGCAGUCAGAUAUUGAAUAUCAUAAAUCAUAUAAAACAAUUUUAGAUAACGUUUUUUUUUAUUUAUAGGAAUCUUAAUACAUAUUUUAAUA